GCCUCCCCCCCCUCACCCACCCCCGUAGCGUGUAUGGAUCAACCUGUCUACCUCCGUGCGCACGUGUAGGCGAAUCCCUCUGCGGUGUCUCCGUCCGUCUCCUUUCAGCCAUGUCUGUCGUCCGAACUUGUUUAAAAUUGUUCCUGUUCAGCGCACUCACCGUCCUGGCCGUGCUGCUGUUGCGAGAGUGGAUGGCCACCAAGCAGUACGUUUUCAAUAAAGAAGACGUCGCUAAAUUGGCCAAACAGUACGCAGGUCAGGACCAUGAACAGGCCUUCGCCAAAGUGGUGGUGGAGCUCAGGAAGAGGUAUCCUGGCCACAUCCUGCCAGAUGAGGACCUGCAGUGGGUGUUUGUGAACGCCGGUGGAUGGAUGGGCUCCAUGUGUCUCCUGCACGCCUCGCUCACAGAGUACCUGCUGCUGUUCGGCACCGCGGUGGACACAGGAGGACACUCUGGUCGUUACUGGGCCGAGAUUUCUGACACCAUCAUAACCGGCACCUUCAGACAGUGGAAGGAGGGGACGACAAAGAGUGAAAUGUACUACCCAGGUGACACCAUCGUACACAGCGUAGGCGAGGCCACGUCGGUCCAGUGGAGCACCGGGACGUGGAUGGUGGAGUACGGCAGAGGUUUCAUCCCCUCCACGCUAGGCUUUGCUCUGGCGGACACCUUGUUCAGCACGCAGGACUUCCUCACAAUGUUCUACACCGUACGUGUCUAUGUCAAAGGUAUGCUGCUUGAGGCUGGUACGCUACUUACAGAGGCAGGUGUUUUCUGAGGCUUGGACUUUAUAAGGACAAUUACACUACAGGUUUGCCUUGUAAUCACACAAUUAUACCCCUGGACACAAACAUCUAAUAUGGGGGGGAAAUCUAGUUUGGGUCAUUGGAGAUUUCAUAUUUUUAUCGGGGUAUUGUUGACUUUAUUCCAAAUUAGCACCAGUAAAUUAGUAUAUUAAUGUUUUUCCCCUCGUUUAACCCCAAAAGUAAUUUGCCAAAUCUGAGAUUCUCAUUCUGGAAUUAAUUAGACAAUAUUGGCACCCAUGCUUUUAAGCAACAAAUCAAUUUAAAGAAAUUAUAUAUUGUAAAAUCCAUAAGCGGUCAUUUAAAAAAAGGUUGGACAAACGUAUACGAUUGUGGACAAACAUGUAAUUCUUAAUCUAGCUGUACAAAGAAUAUUUAAUGCAAAGCACACUAUUUUGUUAGUAUAUUCCUAUUUCAUAUAUGCAUUGGAUUCUCAGUAAAUAAAGGCAAUCACAAGAAAACAACAUCUUCAAAUAACGGAAUUGCUCUUGAAGUCCAAAACGCUCAACUACCAACAUUUCUGUAGUCAAUAAUCUGUUUGUACUAUUUUUUUUUAAUGUUGAAAUCCAGAUGGAUACGGUGGAGAAAAUGGCCUGAAUGUUUAAUGUUUAAUGUCCCAUUUUAUGGUUCAAUCAGUAUGAGUCACAGUCAGGUUCACGCAAGCUCCGAGUGUUCUAAGGAUUAAAGACACUCUGCCGUGACGUGCGCUUGACUACAUCUCUGUGCAGUAACAGAUUUCCAUCCUCACAUCCUUCCCUUCCUCAAACAUCAAGGGUCGUCCAUUGUGUCCAAUGACGGUUAGCAGAAGAUUCACAACACACAAGGAUUUCCUAUUUGAAACACGUCUGCUCUGUACUUAAGGCCCCUGCUGUGUUACAACUUUAAACAAUUAAUUAAUUCAUUUGAUUCAUUGGCUCUAAUCUGUAAAAAAGUGACAUAUUUCACUGUUGUAUGAGCUUGGCACAAUCAUUUUGAUCGAUUUUCAUUGUGACCGAGUAAGGCGGCUUGGUUUUAUUUUCCUGUGCCUUCUUUCAUUGUCUGGAUCUUUGCACUAUCCCAAUAGGGACAUUUUAAGAUGAAACUGUCUUAAAAUCCGCCUGAAACCACCGUGGUCCAUGUAGGGUUGUGGUGUGAGUCCAACUACCCAGAGUGGUGGUGUUUGAUUGUUAUACAGGAGCAUCAGUAGCGGCGUAGUCUCAUGGAUGGAUACCAAAACAAAGAAAAAUGAUUGAUGUACCUUAAAUGUUGAUGAGCGGUUGUGCAAUUGACUGGAAAUUUAGAUUGAUAAUAUAAACUGACCGUGCCAGAGGAAAUAAAUGUCUUUGAAGGAAAAUGA